CAUUGCAAGUACGAACAGAACUGUAGUUGUUUGUUUGUUGGUUUGUUUGAUGGAUCUCUCCAAGAUUCUCAGCAUCCAAACCCAAACCGUUCCAUUGCCAAACCAUUCUACAAGAGCAACCAACGACCACCGCACGAGCCAGAUCUCCACAACAAAAUCCACCAUGGAUGCAAGGGCGACGCAAACAACAGCAACGACAAAGGCAACGACAACCUCCCCGUCCUUCGCAAGCGAUCGAAGACGGCUCCGGAGGCAGUGGUUCUCGGGGGCCCUGCCGCUGUGGCCACUCCCAUCGCCGCGGGCGGCUUCCUCCCUGGUUCUUCUGGCCGUCCUGCUAAUCUCGGCCUCCGGGGCCUCGGCCCGGACCCCCGGGGCCGCGCGGCCGUGGAUGCCCAAGCGCCCGGAAGGCACCGCCACAGUUGCCACCCCCUUGGGUGGAAGGGUGCUUCCGGCCCCGGCGACGAACCCCACCGGGCUUUUGCUGGGCCGCCUCCGGGGGGGAUCCUCGCUGGGCGGGAGCAGCAGCGGGAGGAGGCCCUUUUCCGUGCGGCCGGCUCCCAGGCCCAGGGGAAACCCCUUUGGGAACUCGAGGGACCGGGCACCGGGUUCCGUUCGGAACCCGGGCCUCGAACCGCAGGAGCAAAGCUACGGGGACGAGCAGGAGGAGGACGUCAAGGAAGUGAUCGACGCCUUUCUCACCCGCGACUCGCGGAACUCCUUCAUCGCCCGCGUGUACGGGAUCCUGUCGGUCCAGCUCGGCUUCACGGCGCUGGUCUGCCUCCUGUUCGGAACCUACCCGCCCCUCACCAACAUCUACGUCCUCGAUUCCCUCACGGGACGGGCCUCGCCCUUUGUCCUGGUCCCCCUGGCCGGGGUCUUUCUCUCGACGAUCGCCUGGUUCCGGGUGGCCGCCAGCCCCAGGGCCCGGCAGAAGUCCCCCAACAAGUGGUGGUGGCUGGCCAUCUUUACGGCCGGGGAGGCCGUCUCGAUCGGCGCCCUGUCCAGCCUCUACAAGCUCCGGUCGGUAGUCACGGCCAUGGGCGCCACGGCACUGGCCACCGUGACGGUGUCCGUGUACACGAUCGCCCAGAAGAACUCCAAGUACGACCUCAGCCAGUGGGGGGCGACCCUCUCGAGCUGGGCGACGAUCCUGCUGGUCUACCUGAUGAUCGGCCUGGCGCAGGAGGCCGGCUGGCUGCCCCGCGGCUUCCUACCCUUCUCGCACGUCCUGUGCUCGGUGUUUUCGACCUGUCUGUUCAGCCUCUUUCUGGCCUACCACACGAAGCUCAUCGUGGGCGGGAAGCACGCCAAGUACCGGAUGAACGAGAAGGACUACGUCUUUGGCGCCAUGGCGCUCUACGUGGACAUUGUCAACAUCUUUCUCAACAUCCUGGCGCUCAUCGGGGAGGAACGGGAGCGCUAGGGAGAGCGGAGCAACACGGAGCGGAGCUGGAAGCAAGCCCCGAAGGCCUGUUUUGGUUUUGGGAAUGGCGGGAGGUCGAGGCUUUCUGUGCCCGUGGAUGGUUUCCUACGGUACAAUUGAGCAUCGCAACUGUCUCCUGCGACGGGAAGAAUGCGUGCCACUCGACGGUAUCCUCGGCCGGAAUCGUUUCGGUUGCCACGAGGCAGUGCAGCGUGAUGGAAAUGGUUGAGAACAGGAAACAGGUGCGUCGACAAUUGCUCCCCGGGUCGGAAGCAAGCCCUGGCAGAUCGAACGCACCAACACUAGCACACACAACAAUAGCAUCUCCAAUGACCGGGUUUCGGUUCUUUCGAGAGACGCAUUCGCCUCGCGCGCUGCACGCAACAGAGCAACUAUUUUUGCUUGCGCCCGUGUCGCUACGCGGUGUCUCGAACAAUAACAGUAUGUUUUAAAAAAUCCCGUUUCUAUGCUAUACUCAUUGUGGAAUCCUAUUCAGGCCGUGCCCCUGCAUUACCAGUUGUAAUUGAACGCUUUGUCUCCCAGCUGCUCGCGUAUUUUCCGAUUUUGGGUUUCGUUGUCGUCCUUCUUGCUCAAUGAAUCGACGGCCAAUCU